CUUUUGGUGGAGGAAUGCUUGUCACCUACUCCUUUUAAGUUCCCAAUCUCUCUUAUGCUGCCCAAGAGGCAAAGCUUUUUAGAGAGAGAAAGGGAAAAGAGAGAGAGAGAGAGAGAGAGAGAGAACCUAAAAAAAAGGUUUUGAUCUUCUUCUUUUGCUCUCUGCUCUCUGCUCUGCUUUGCUCCUCUGUAUUCGGCAAUGGAGAGGCACAAAUGCAAGCUUUGCUCUAGAACUUUCGCUAAUGGCAGAGCUUUGGGAGGUCAUAUGAAAGCUCAUUUGGCCACACUUCCUCUUCCACCGAAAGUUCAGCAACUCGGCAACCGUACUGAAUCAGCCUCAUCUUCAUCUUCUUCUUCUGAUGAAGAAGAGGAUGAUCAAGAACAACAACAACAACAACAGCUCGGAGAAAUUGAAGCGGAAGCAGAGGAAAAGUGUUUGAUUUAUGGGCUGAGAGAGAAUCCGAAAAGGAGUUUCAAGUUUGCAGAUCCCGAGUUCUCUUUCGCGGUUGAUUCUGGGUCCGUCAUUCAGGACAGAGAGAGCGAGACCGAGUCAAAGAACCCAACUCGGAGACGAUCUAAGCGGAAUCGGAGACCCAUUGUUGCGGAGAUUGAGAAGCAGAACUUGGAAUUGAAGAAGCCCAAGUUGAGAAAACCCAGUUCGGCCGAAUCGUAUUCGCCAGUGCCGGAGCCGGAGCAGGUGAGUUCGGUCUCCGAUACUUCACCUGAAGAAGACGUUGCUAUGUGCCUGAUUAUGCUUUCAAGAGACGUGUGGAUGAGAAACAAUGAAGAUGAAGAGGAUCGAGAACUUGGCAAAGAAUCGGUAAGAAGAUCGAUGAAGAAGGAAGGAUUGGAAGAGAUCAAGUUGAAGAAAGUUCGUGCAAAGCAUCGAUGCGAGAAAUGUAAGAAAGUUUUCCGAUCUUAUCAAGCUUUAUGUGGGCACAAGAAGAUUUGCUGCGUUGGAAAUGAAGCAGAAGCUAAAAAUGGUAAUUUAGCAGCAGCAGCGGCAGCUAAUGAGAAACUGUUUGAGUGCCCAUUUUGCUACAAAGUUUUUGGUUCUGGUCAAGCACUUGGUGGGCAUAAGAGAUCUCACCUCUUGAAUGCUUCAACAACAACAACAGCAACAUCAUCAUCAGGAGCUUCCAUUUAAAAAGAAAAAAAUGGAAUUUCGGAUAGAGAUCUGUUGAUACGAGGGAUAUGGUGAUUGUUUAGUCCUUUUUGAGCAACUGGGUCAUCUGGAUUUAUUAUCAUCUCCUUACAUUGUCCACAAAAUCAAAUGCUUUCCAACGUUUUUUUAGUAUGAUUUAUAGUUCAUUUUCUAGUGCUUUUUAUUUUUUUUCAUCAGCUUACAUAGCAACUUGCUAUGCAAAUUAGACUAUAGUAUUCAGUAUUCUACUCAGAAAAAAGAAAAAAAAAAAAAAACCUGGGUUUACUAACUUUGACAACUUUACAAGUUCUAUGUGUGGAAAAAAAGAAGAUUCAGAAUGCUUAUUGGUAAAGAGAUGGAUGAAGAUUAGCUGCUGCUAAAUUUGUUGGUUAAUCCCUUUUUCAUGUAUAGCAAUUUCAGUGAAAAAAAGAAAUGUUUAUUUUGGUUUUA